UUCGAUUGUUCGUUUCGUGAUUUUUACAGCUUAUAUUGCAGCUGUUAUUAAAUAUCAAUGUAUUCAAUUAUGCACAUGUUAGUAUUACAAAUAUUGUGCUUUUUAUUGAGAAAUGAACUCGCACUUAGUGCAAGCGAAACAGAAACAAAUAAUCCAACUUUUAACUUGGAUUAUACAACGUUAGAAAAAAAUAUUGCAGCAAUAUUCAACAAAGUUGCUCAAAGUUCUGGAACGACGAAACGAAGUGUACCUGCAUUUGAAGCUCAAGUAUCACGAAGUUCAAUACAUUCAACUUCUCCAUCGCCAACAAUUACGUUACGUGCAACUUCUGUUAUGAUACUUCCUAUGCUAAUACCAAGAGCAACUAAUUCUCCAUUGUUUCGUGAAUUACCUUCGUAUGCGCCUCCUUCAAGAGCUUUAUUUACGCCGCCGUUACCCCCUGAAUAUGCUAAUCCAUUUGCUGAUAAACCAACACUUAGAGGAACUAACUUAGAUAUACAUUCGAAUUCUAGACGACCUAUACCGCCACCAAGUCUUACUCCUAUACAUGAAAGGAUACCUAUAAAACCUCCAGACCUAAUUGAGAAUACUACUCAAAAUACUGAGAGGCUUACUUUGGAAAAAAAAAGAGAACACGAUGCUUUAAUUAAAAAUUCGUUUGAAAUAUCAGAUAAACAAAAAGAUUCUAAUGAUACUACAGAUUUUAUACCAUCUCUGCAAUUUACUAGUAUUUCAAGGAUAUUAUCAGGUAGUAAUGGUCGAAAGCAAGAUAUUCCAGAAAUUCUAUUAAAACCAAUUUCAACAAAAUCAUCCUCAAAUUACAUGGUUACAAAAUCAAUAACUGAAAAAUCAUCUACUACUAUGUUAAUAAUAAAAUCAACUGAUAAUAUAUAUCAGACUUCAACAUAUUCUUCAAUUAUAACUUUGUCAAAUACGAAAAAAGAUAAUAAAGAUGAUGAUAACAAUAACUAUAAAAAUUUUAAUAAGAACGAUGAACGAUAUAUUGUUCGCAAUAAUGAUGUCAUCAACGGUGAAAGCCUUUCUUAUCCACAGCCCCAACCUCCACCGAUAACAUCAAAAACGCCUAAUUUUAAUAGUAAGAUUCAGAAUAUAUUAACUCAUUCGGACGACUAUCCUUUUAAAUCAGCGUUAAAAAUUGCAUGGUCGUUACAUGCAUAUUUGACAGCUACAAUGUUUACUUUAGUAGCUUUAUAUUCUGUUUAUAAAAUAGUUCGAUUUGAUGAUGCAACCAAUCUUUUAACACAAUCAUAUUUCUUAUCUAUUCAUUUAUUGUUAACAAUGAUAUGCACUUUAAGAUGUUUUUAUUUAUUUUAUGAUGCAUAUAAUUUUAAUCAUUCUCUUCCAAAGACGCUUUCAGAAGUUCUCGAAUUUUUACCAUUUUCAUUGCUUGCUGCAGCAUUUGCAACAUUAAUACUCUAUAUGUCUCGUUGUUCAGCAAUUCCAUCUUUAUACAGAAAUAAAUUUUCAUCUCCAUUAAUUCUUGCAAUUGCUUUUUUUAUGCAUAUAACUUUAUGUGUUUCUCUCCAUGUAUUUGGGCAUUUGCUUGGUUAUACAGAUGAAUCGAGAAUUCUACCUUUAAUUUGUCAGUGUAUAUACAUAAUUAUUUGUGUAAUUUUAGGAUUAUCCUAUAUGUACGUUUAUCGUGUGAUAAGAUCUCAGUUGCUUAUCACUAACACAAAGUCUAUUAAUAGUCAUAUAGGAAAUGAUUUUACAACGCCAACUUUAAAUACUGCAAUUACAACAACAAUUGCUACCGCUUUGCUUUUUAUACUAAUGGGAUUUAUACAAUUAUAUGAUAUUUUUGGUGUGCAGGAACGUUUGCAACGAUAUUCUUGGCGAUGUUGGGGUUGGGAAUUUUCCGUUCGACUUAUUGAAUUAUUAAUGUGUGGUUUACUAGCUUGGGUUGCAAGUUUAUCACAAUUUCAAUUUCGAGAAAAGCAAAUACAACAACAUGCUAUACAUACAGGAUUUGCUCUUUUUCCUUGCGGUAGUUCUACGUCAACAGAAAAUAUGGAUGACUCUAUGUAUCCAGCCAUAUGUAGUACUAAUCAAGCCAUUCAGAAUUAUACGAUACGUACUGGCAAACAAGUUUAUGAUGAUAGUUUUCCCCUAAAUACUCUAACAGAGCACCUUAAUACAAGUAAUACAUUUGAAAGGCGUUCUAGUAGAAAAUCUGGAACCAUAACACAUUUUCCUCAAGAAAUGCAUAGUUCUUUUGGUCAAUGUAGAACUGAAAUGCAGACACUUUGUAAAUCUGAUAAUUUACACAAAAUUAAUGAAAAUUCCACUUCUGGAUCCACAAUGUUAGUAGCCGAAGACGGUUUCGUUAGAUUUCGAAAUCUCGGACCAGAAGAAGAUGAUUUAUCGGAUCCUCAAGGUUUAAUCGAAUCAAAUAGCGAAGACAAACAAUCUAUAGAAUGCAAUGAAAAUUUUAAAAUAAAAAAAUCUGCUAUUGUCACACAAACACAAACGUAUAACCUAAAUACUCUCCCUCAUAUAUCUUUAGAUCUUCAUCCAAAUGAACAUACAAUUUACAAUAAUACUUAAGCAAAGUGUUGAAAGAUAUUGAAAAAAUCAUUACAUGCC